AUGGCUCCUCUCCACUUUGGUUGUCUUGUUUAUGACUAUCAAGCCAUCGACGUAAUUGGGCCGACCGAUCUCCUGAACUCUGCAAGCAAAAGGGUCAUGACGGUCUUGAAAACCUUUGGUCCUGUCGAUGAGGAGACCAUCUCUCGCGCCCCGGAAUUCGUCUUCCACCACAUCGGGCUGACCCGUGACCCCGUUCGCCUUCUGACAAGCGCCAUCACCGUUGUGCCUACGACGACGGUUGAUGAAUGUCCAGAGCUGGAUUGCCUCCUGAUUGGCGGCCCGAAUGUCGCAUUUUUUGAACUGCACCCGCAGUACGCCGAUUUCAUCCGUCGCCAUGUCGCCGCAGGGAAGCUGAUUUUCUCGACUUGCACCGGGGCUUCGUUGAUUGCCUCCACCGGUGUGCUGGAUGGUAAAACUGCAACAAUCAAUAAUGUCGAAUACGAAUGGGUGAAGAAACGCUUUCCGCAAGUUAAUUGGACAAGAGAGAAGAAGUGGGUUGUUGAUGGGAAUAUUUGGACAGGAUCCGGGGCCAUUGCGGGCAUGGACAUGUUUUCCCAUUGGUUGAAAACAAACUAUGGAUUGGAUGUAUUGAUUCAAGGAGCAUUAUCUCUUGACUACGAACCGAGAGAUGUUGACGGACUAUUUACCGUGUUCCCCCAGAGAUACGAUGCAAGUGGAAAGAAGAUAUCCACACACGUUUUUUCAUAUCACGACUAA